AUGAAAUUAGAAUUUCUAGAAAAAGAGCAUGUUAAUGUCAGCGAGUCAUAUUGUAAAAUUGGCGUAGCCUACUUUGACCAAGGUAAAUAUGAUAAGGCUUUGGACAUGUAUCUUAAAUCGUUGGAGAUUAACCGGAAAAUUGACGCCAAGCAUCCAGAUACUGCUGCAUUAUAUGGUAACAUUGCAAAUAUUUAUAUUAAGCAAGGCAAGUAUGAUGAUGCUCUAUCAAUGAAUAGCAAAGCACUAGAAGUUCAACUAGAAAAACUUGGUGAUAAUCAUCCAAGUGUUGCUACAACAUAUAGUAACACUGGGCAAAUCUAUGAUCAUCAAGGCAAGUAUAAUGAUGCUAUAUCAAUGUAUAACAAAUCGCUGGAGAUUGAACUAAAACAACUUGGCGACUGUCAUCCAAGUAUUGCUACAACAUAUGGCAACAUUGCAAGUGUCUAUUUGAAUCAAAGCAAGUAUGAUGAUGCUCUAUCAAUGUAUAACAAAUCACUAGAGAUUAAAAAGUCACAGCUUGAUGAAAAUCAUCCAAGUAUUGCUACAACGUAUAACAAUAUUGGGUUCGUCUAUGAUAAGCAAAAGAAAUACGAUGAGGCGCUAUCUAUGUAUGACAAGGCAUCGCAAGUCUACUUGAAAACCCUAGGUAACAAUCAUCCUAAUACAGCGCUUUCCUUUCGAAAUCAAGCACAUGUCCAUUAUCGAAAAUCUAAUUAUGAUCAAGCAAUCUUAUUCUAUGAAAAAUCUAUCACUAGCCUAAGCAAUCUUUAUGGAGAAAGUCACCCUCAAAUUGCCAGGGCUAAAGAAAAAAUUACUCAAUGUAAUAAUCAAAAACAAAAAAACAGAAAGGCCGCUGCUAUACCACAAACAUCAAAAAUGAUUCACCUUCCUAUACAAAAUGACAAAAUCAAUCAGUCACUCAUUAUCAAUCUUUCUACAUCAACAUCAGAAGGUAAUUUCUGUAUUUGUAUGCAAAAUCGUAAUUUGUCCGCUAUCCAAUACCUUCAUAAAGUGUUUUUGUGCAUAGACAACGAAAAUGAUUUAAUAUGUAAAAAUAUAACUCAGUAUGCAAGACAAAAAAAGAAUUAA